AUGGGCGGCAACUCAAGCCGGGAGAUGAUGAGCCCGUACGCGGUGAACACCCCGCUCAUGGGUGUUUGCUUCACUUCCUUGCUCUUCAACAGCGUCCAGGGUGGGACCCUGCGAUCUUCUAACGUGUACAACAACUUCAUUUUGCUUUACAUGCUUGGCUUCUCCACGGGAUGCUCGACGGUCCUUCAGCAGCCGUUAUGGGGCGCGAAGCUGGGUUUACUUGCCUCCUUCUUCUUUACAUUUGGCCCCAAUGUGCGGAUGCUGUACACGCAGCGCCUCUUCCCAGACUACGUGCGCUACGCCAUUGGAGGGGGUUACAUGACGUAUCAUGCGCUGCAGUGGUACCGUGAGGCGACGUACUUUGAGGAUGCCAUGGAGGACAACCAGGACCACUAA